UACCCUACGUUUCCCAUGAGGGGGCAGCACGCCCGUGUGUUACGAUGCGGCGUCCACAGAGAGGAAGCAAGCGCGGGGCUUGGAAGCGUUGUAAGCAGGGCCGCUCCGGUGCACGCCCCGGGGCCCUCCCUCAGGCAGGGGCUCCGGCUCAGCAGCAGCAGGAGGCGCGCGGAGGAGAGUGCAGAGGGCGUUGGAGGCUGGAGCCGGGGAGGUCUGUUCAGGUACAAAGGGCUCCUGGGCUCGGCCGGCCUGCAGGGGCGCUUCCCCCUUUCCACCAAGGAGCCCGGACGCCUGGCUUGGGGGCAGCCGGUGUCGGUGUCUCUGCAGAGGAACGGACGGGACGGGAGGAGCUGCAGUCCUUCGCCGGGACUCGGGAGAGGACAUGAACGCGCAGCUGCUAAUGCCCUGCGGAGAGUUGUGAUCAUGGCUAUUGACUGGAUUGGUUUUUGUUAUGCGGCAGUGGUGGCUCUUGGCGGCGUUGUAGGAUAUACUCGCAAAGGAAGUAUAGUCUCUUUGGCUGCUGGUCUCUUCUUUGGUUUGGUGUCUGGUUAUGGAGCAUAUUGUGUAACACAUGACUCCAGAGAUGUGAAGAUAUCAUUUUUUUCAGCUUUUAUUUUGACCAUUGUAAUGGGAAUGAGGUUCAAGAGAUCCAAGAAACUAAUUCCGGGUGGACUAAUAGCUGGUUUAAGCCUUUUGAUGAUUUUGAGAUUGGUUUUUCUGCUGCUGUAAGAGACAACAGCAACUAAGGACUGAAGUAGGAGGAUCAUUUCCCUUCAACAAGCAGACAAGCUAUUUGUACUUGAAGUAUGUCUGUCUGGUUUUUGUGUUUUUUUUCACUGUAAAAGUUAACAAAUAUAUCUGAAAUUUAAUUCCUCAAAGUUCUUUCAUAUGUUGAAAGCUUUUUCAAUUAAACAAGAAGGUUUUUGAUAGUUUGUAUCAUUGUUUUCAUUUAAGCAAUUUAUUGGCUGGAUUUUUUUUUUCCAGAGGUGCUGAGGGGGCAUAGCACCACAAAGAAAUCAGUGGAUGUUAGAAAUGUUCUGCCCCUUUGAAACUUGAGCUAUGUUUGGAUGUGUCACUAAACUAAAAAGGGGUAUAGUAUUAAACCAUAAUCUUGGAAGCUUCUAAUAUCAAGUAAUCAAUAGAAGCUCGACAUAACAUGCAAACUAAAGUCUUGUCAAUAUUGAUCAUGUAAUGCACUGUGUUUUAUCAAAAUCACUAACAGAUGAGGGUAUAUGCUUCUGCUCCAUAUUGCACUGGAAUAUAUUUUGUUUCCAAACAUGUAAAUAUCUUCUUCCACUGGAUAGAGAAUGUAUAAAUUGUUACCAGUAAUCAAAUAAAAGAUGGAACAUUUAAA